AUGGACCGUUCGUCGACUGCGCGACCUCGCAAGAAUACUCGGGUGCUCACUGCAUGCGAUGCCUGUCGCCUCAGCAAGACUCGAUGCGACUCGGCACGGCCCGUGUGUGCCAAAUGUAUCCAGCGGGGUGUAGCUUGCGAGUAUCCGGAGACGGAUGCCCUUCUAGAUACAUGGGGCGCAAAAAUCCUAGACGCAGUAGAACGUCAAGAGCGACUUCUGGCAGAGAGUCUGUCUGUGAGCCGAGCGCCUCCCCUUUUUUCGCAACAGGCGUCGCCAUCCCCGGUGGACGAAGUAGAUCCCGAGUCAAUCUCGCGCAAUGAUGCGCUCAAGACACCGAUUACCGGGUCGGACAUGAUUCUCAGCUGGCCUAUUUUUCCGCAAGAGAAACCUGUCUCGACUUUUCCAAUGACAGCGUAUUCUGAGAAGCCAGAUCGCUUUCAGACGGCUCUACCAAACUUAGAUCCCCAGAGGCUCCUCGAACUGCGCGAGAUUUUCGUGACCAAGAUCUGGACCAAGAACCCAAUCGUUGACCCAGACCAGCUGGACUUCUAUAUCGCUCGAGUGCUGGAAAACGGUAUUGACUGGUCCGCCUCGUCGUGCUUAGUGCUACUUAUCUUUGCGCUUGCGGCCAUCUGGGGGAAUUAUCCGGACGACGAAACCCGCGAGGUCUCGGACAACGAGCCAUCAUUCAGUCCACCAGUUACUUACACAACGAUGUCAGUUCCCGAGCACCGAAUGAAGGAAUCGCUGACCUUCCUCUCUAUGGCGCGAAAGCGCAUCUCGACUGCGUAUCUCGACGACACCUUACUGGGAGUGCAGUGUCUCUGUCUGGAGCAGCGACUCUACUGGACAUGUUUGAAGUCCGAAUGUGAGGUUCGAUAUGAACUAACAGAUCUCCCGCCCUGUGACCUCAGCCUCUCCGACUUUCCUUAUUCUCUCCCGAGCUUCCCCACGAGACAACCAUCUAACGACACCCCUGGGUGGAUGUUUUCCAGUCCCUCGUCCACAGAUCUGCAAGCAGCAUCUUCCUACUAUUAUCUGGCUGAGAUCUUCUUGCGCAGGCUGCUCAAUAGGGCCCGCAACGCCGUCCGUGUGCUCUCUCCCGAUAUCGAUCUACCAACCAUCAAGGUUCUGGCAGAAACUCUGACGCAGCUGGAAGGUCAACUCCAGCAGUGGGUAGACUGUCUCCCACAUACACUCCGAUUCAACAUGCCUCUCGAGUCCGCCCCCGGACCGAAGGAGGGUGAGCUCAUGAAGCUAAGCCGUGAGCGAUACGUCGAGGUGCGCGAACUACUCUGCCGGGCGUAUCUAUACCUAUGCAUCCAUGUGCCAUUAGACUCAGGGAUGGCGGCACUAUAUGGAGUUAAGGCGAGUGAGGCGCUACUUUUGGCAGUUUAUCGCAUCCAGACUGAGGUACCAUUCUUCCGGCAUCCGGGGUCAUGGGGAGCAUGUCGAGUCCGGUUCAACCACGCCCUUUGCCUGAUUGCGGGAUUUCGCGCAAAGCUAACACAGCGCCCCUCGGCUGAAUAUGUGAGCAUUCCUCCCGACUGGGCGGACUGCGUGCAGGUGGUGAUUGAGCGGUUGAAGAUCUGGGGUGAGGAGGGCGGCGGGAUCAAGGAGUUAAGUGUACUGCUAGAGUGGCUGAUGCAUGGCAAUUUGGAUUUAUAG